AUGUCUAUGACGUCCUCAACUUUUACAACCUCUCGGACUAGUUCACCAAGCACGUCUUCCGCGACCUCCUCAAGCGUACCAGUACCAGCCCACACAGGUCUAAGCGGUGCCCAAAUCGGCGGAGUUACAGCUGGAUGCGCUGUCUUUGCUCUAUUGAUCCUCCUUGGAGCCACAUACUUCUUUAGGCGUCGCAAGGCAUCAGAGCCACAGGGGGGAAAGCCGGAUACAUCUGAUAGCGGGAUUUCAGAAAUGCCGGAUUCCGCUGGUGUUGCUCCUCGUGGGCCAAAGGCAGCGGUUGUCUUAGGUGAACUAGACAGUAAGGAAGCGAAUGAACUGGACAGCAAGGAAGCGAAGAUUGAUAAAAGCGCUGCUGUGAACCGGGCUCGAGAACUGGAUUCGACUCCAAUUUCAUCCCCUGUCGAACUUGAUUCGUCUCCUAUCGAACCAAAAGAGACGAAGGUGUAA